GAGUCAGUCGUCGGUAUGUGUCUCUCUCUCUCGGCAGCAGCUCAUUUUUAGCUCCGGAGUGUCUGGGAUCAGGUUUGGAGUUUGGAUGAUCUGAUCUCUGCGCACGAGCUGCGCUUUCUGCCUCAGAACACGCCGCAGGAGGGCGUGCGUGCGUGCGUGCAUCCGUGUGUGUGUGCGUGACGGUGUGAGUGUGUGCGUGUGUGUGAGGGAGGGGAGAUGGUCCCCCCUGCAGGAUGGACCGGAGGAAAGCCGUUCCCGGGUUCUGCUGCUUCUUCCUGGCUCUGUGCGCGUCCUCACAGGCGUCUGAGGUGGGAUUCUCACUCAGAGGGCAGGUUUCAGCGCCGCUGUCCUGUUCAGACGGCUUCACUGAGCUGGGCUACUACAACGGCUCGGUGUCCCACACGGACUCAGGCUCCCUUUGCCUGAAGUGGACCGACUUCCCGGACUACGUGCAGCAGUACCCGGGAAGAGGACUGGGAGACCACAGCUUCUGCCGGAACCCGGACCGAGAGGUCAACCCCUGGUGCUUCUUCAGACAGAGGUCUGGAGCCAUCAGCUGGGCCUACUGCGACUGCCGGCAGGGAGCAGCCAGAUUGGCAGGGGGAUCAUCAAGCAACAGCGGGCGUCUGGAGGUCUACCUAAAUGGAAACUGGGGGGCUGUAUGUGACACUCACUGGACUGACCGCGAUGCCAGCGUCAUCUGCAGACAGCUCGGCCUGAGUGAGAUCGGCACAGCCCUGCAGCAUUCCUACUUUGGCCCUGGAUCUGUCUUCCACUAUGAGCGGCUCGGUUGCCGCGGAGAUGAGAAUUCCCUCCUGGAAUGCCAAACCAGGAAGUUUGUCACCGGUGACUGUAACCGUGGCAACGAAGCAGGUCUGGUUUGUGCCGAACCUGAAGGCACUGGGAUCCCCCUGCGGCUGGCUGGAGGCCUGGAGGACUUCGAGGGCCGUGUGGAGGUGUACCACAGCGGCAGCUGGGGGACCAUUUGUGAUGACGGGUGGGACGACACCGAUGCGGAGGUGGUGUGCCGACAGCUGGGCCUUGGGGGAGUGGCUAAAGCGUGGACUGGGGCCCACUUUGGACCAGGAUCUGGUCCCAUCCUCCUGGACAGGGUCCACUGCACAGGAAAUGAACUGUCUCUGGAAGAAUGUCCUCACGGCAACCUGGAGCAGCACAGCUGUGAGCACAGGAACGACGCCGGGGUGUCCUGCAAUCCACACACAGACGGCGCGAUCCGUCUGAUGGGAGCUGACAGCCACAGGGAGGGUCGAGUGGAGAUUUAUCACCAGGGACGCUGGGGCACAGUGUGUGACGACAACUGGACUGAAGUCAACGCCCAGGUAGUGUGUCGACAGCUGGGCUUCAGGGGCCGUGCAGAGGUGGCUCCUGACGGGGUGUAUGAAGAAGGCCGGGGGCCGAUCCUCCUGGACGAGGUGCAGUGCCAGGGGACAGAGACCUCUUUAGCGGCGUGCACACACUCCCAGUGGAGCCAGCACGACUGCUCACACACCGAGGACGUGGGCGUCCGCUGUGACUGGGAGGGCACCAACGAGAUCCCAAUGACUCUGCCUUCUGCUGGCCCUCUGGUGCGAUUGGUCGCUGGUGAGAGCAGGAAGGAGGGCAGGGUGGAGGUCUUCAUCAACGGCCAGUGGGGGAGUGUGUGUGACGACGGCUGGAGCGACGUCAACGCCGCUGUGGUCUGCAGGCAGCUGGGGUUCACCGGCGCCGCUAAAGCUCGGUCCAUGGCGUAUUUUGGCGAAGGUCAAGGCCCCAUCCAUCUGGACAACGUGCGCUGCUCGGGCACCGAGGCGUCUUUGGGGCAGUGCGCGGCCGACGGUCAGAACGGCCACGACUGCCGCCACAGCGAGGACGCCGGGGUCAUCUGCGACUACACUCUGGAUCCGCUGGGAGACGGCGCCGUGGCGAUGCAGACCUGCGGCCUGAGGCUCAACAAUCAGCGGCGGCGGCGCAGGAUCAUCGGUGGAGAUAAGUCACUGAGGGGCGAGUGGCCCUGGCAGGUGUCCCUGUGGCUCCGGUCCCACUCCAAGGGAAACCAUCCGCUGUGCGGAGCAUCAUUAAUCAACCCCUGCUGGGUCGUCACUGCUGCACACUGCUUCAAAAGGUUUGGCAGGGAUCCGUCGCGCUACGUGGUGCGUCUGGGAGACUACCACACGGAGGAGCAGGACGACUUCGAACGCACGCUGUCCCCUGAACGCAUCGAGAUCCACAGAAAGUACCGCAGUCAGGGCUGGGAGUACGACAUCGCCCUGCUGCGGCUCAAAGGCACGGAGGGCAGCUGCGUGGCUUUCAACCCUCACACUGCCGCAGUGUGUCUGCCAGAGCCGGGCAGCAAGUGGGAGAAGAGGCCGGCGGCCUGCGUGAUCACUGGCUGGGGCGUCACAGACUCGGAGUACUCCCGCACGCUGCUGCAGGCCUGGGUCCCGCUGCUGCCCGCCCGGAGGUGCAAGAAGCGCUACGGCGAGCGCUUCACCGGCCGCAUGCUCUGCGCCGGCAGCCUGUCGGAGCGCCACCGUGUGGACAGCUGCCAGGGCGACAGCGGCGGCCCGCUGGUCUGCCAGGGGGAGGGCGGCCGCUGGGUGCUGACCGGCGUCAUCUCCUGGGGUCACGGCUGUGGGAACCCCUCCUUCCCCGGGGUGUACACUCGAGUCAGCAGGUUCCUGCGAUGGAUUGACAAAGUCACCAACAAACCCUACGAGCAGCGCUGAGGACGGCCGCAGUAACCCUGCUGUCGGCGUGUACGUGAGGAGGCAGGACUCCGUGUCUGAGGGCCAGCCAGUCGAGCCUGUCCAAGCUUCUGGUCCACGUCACGCUGGCUAGAAAAACACAUGAUGUUACAGAUACUUGAAGAAACACUAAACUGGUGCCUAAACAGCAACAACAACAACAAAAAACCAAAAACAAUGAAAAAGUAGAUUUUUUUAAUUUAUUAAAUAGUAAUUUCAAAAUAAUUUAUUAUUAUUAUUAUUGUUGUUAUUAUUGUUAUUUUUGUCCCUUAGGGUGAGAUGCUGAAAUUCUGUACUAAAUUACUUCAGUCACAAGAGGCUGUUUGAAAUCAUCCUUCAGCUCAUUUUCGGGUUAAAUUCAACAAAGAACAUGAAACUAAAUCCAUGCAAAGUGACCACAAAGUCCUUGACCGCGUGUCGGUUCUUUUCCUGGCCAGUCGUCACAUGUCGAUAAGGCCAAACAGCGCCACCUACAUCGAUCGUUCUGGGACUGGUGAGCUGCACUGAGCACUGAACGCUGCUUUUGGGAGCCUCAGUUUUCUGCACUGGAUUCACAGCUGCAGAGUGGGGUCGACACGCACAAUGACAAGCGUCUUUGGCGAGUCAGAGUGGAUAUUUAACCAACAACCACGUCCCUGUAACGCCGUCAUAAUAAACGUUACAGAGUCUUAUAAAGACGGAAUCAAAGUCUAAAAGAAAUCAACAGCAAACAGAUGUCAUGUAUUGCUCAUUGAUCAGCAAUUUAAAAUAAUAUAUUCCAUCUGAAAAACAUUAAAGAGUUGGGAUUUAGCAGAACGUACUUCCUGGUGUGGGGCAGUUGGUUACAUUGGUCAUGUGGCAUUCACUGUCCUGCUCCAGUCGUGGGAUUUUGGGUUUCCGCAGACCGUUUUCUCCACACUGCAAAGUCAGGUUUAAAUUGUAAAUAGCUGAAAUGGCACGGAAAACUGUAAAACAGUAAAUUAUUUUAGCCAUAAAGUCCACUGAAAAAUGUUGAAAUGUGGUAAAUUUAAUCGUUAUACUCAAAUGCAUACAAUCAUAUUCCCAGUGUGAUCAGACGUAGUGAUGGGUAUAAGGCACUUCCUCUUUGGUCCAUAUUGUUUUGUUUUCUUUAGUCUGAAUUCAAAAAAGGUCAAAAGGUUAAAAAGAACAAGCCACUGGCUCAGACAUCAAGGCAGGAAACAGCAGAAUUUAGAAGAAAACAGCUGGAGGCGCUGAGAGAAAUCACCAAUCCAGGACCGGUCACUAAUCGAUCGCAGAGGAAACAACCGCACACACUCCAGCUUCGUCCACUUCCACGUCAGCCUUGCAUGCAUGUUGCUGGACUGAGGGAGAAAACCAGGACGUGUGGGCGUCCCUCAGACAGACAUGGGGUAUUAAAGCCUCACUGCUCCACUGUCUCAUCACGCUGCAUUUAUAGAUACCAACGUUUUUCCACACACAUUCCACAAACACGAGCAGGACACAGAUCCAGUCAUUGUUUGUCAUCGUUCCACUUAAUAAUGCUGCUUAACGUAUUUCUGUCUGCUGAAACUGAAGUCUUCACAGUACCAUCAAUGUCAUGUAAUCAAGUAUGACUUUAAAGUAUUAUAGUACGUCUUAAAGCUCCCACAUUCUGCAAAAGUCUCCAGAUCCUGCAUGAGGCUCCAGGAGUAAGAAAAAAAAAACCCACCUGAAUCUCAACCUCUGUAGACACUCAAAUUAAA